GAGGGAACGCGAUGUCAGUGUGGAAGCAGUUUUAAAGGAAGCUGGUGUCAUAGUCGAUGUCUGGUAUACAAUUGGCAAUUAUUUACGAAGAUUUGUUGGCGAAAAGGCUGCUUCGUGCCAUUUCAUGUCAGGCACAGCCUCAGGAAACAUUAACGACGUACACACACACACGCACACGCAUCGGGGAGAUAAGCGCAUCUCUCCCUCUCUCCCUCUGCGUGUCUCUUGCUCAGUGCAUCACGGCAGUGUGCGUUUAGCAGCAUCAUCCUACGCACCUGCACCGCUCCCGAUUAGGCUCGAGUACAAUACAAUACACACACAUACACACAAAAAAGAAAAGAAGGAGAAAAAGAACGACAGAAACCAAGAAAAGACAAGCGUUUGGCUCAACUAAGGACGCUUCUUCUUCUUUUUUUUUUUUUUUUUUUUUUAAUCGCCCUCACAGUUUUGAACCUCUCCAGACGUUAGCUCGGACUUCCCUCAUCGACUUUUCAGGCAAAAUGGGGAAACAGAACAGCAAGCUGACGCCCGAGGUGAUGGAAGAUCUGGUGAAGAACACAGAAUUCAAUGAACAUGAGCUGAAGCAGUGGUACAAGGGUUUCCUGAAGGACUGCCCCACCGGCCGUCUUAACCUCGAGGAAUUCCAGCAACUCUACGUCAAGUUUUUCCCUUACGGUGAUGCGUCCAAGUUUGCCCAGCACGCCUUCCGGACCUUCGACAAGAACGGCGAUGGCACCAUCGACUUCAGAGAGUUCAUCUGCGCGUUGUCCAUUACAUCGCGGGGCAGUUUUGAGCAGAAGCUGAACUGGGCCUUCAACAUGUAUGACCUGGACGGAGAUGGCAAGAUAACACGGGUGGAGAUGCUGGAAAUCAUCGAGGCAAUCUACAAGAUGGUGGGCACAGUGAUCAUGAUGAAAAUGAACGAGGACGGGCUGACGCCCGAGCAGCGGGUGGAUAAGAUCUUUUCCAAGAUGGAUAAGAACAACGACGACCAGAUCUCGCUGGAGGAGUUCAAAGAGGCGGCCAAGAGCGACCCGUCCAUCGUAUUACUCCUGCAGUGCGACCUCCAGAAAUAAGGUGAAGGGCGAGCGGAGCAACCCCGACACGACGCCACCGCCACGGACUGCACAGAAAGAAUUUCAUGUUCCAUUCAGUUUGCAGCUAUUUCCACUGAACAACAACAGAAAAAAAAAUUGCUUGGACUAUCUUUCAAUGGAUCUUGCUUCUUGUGUUUGAAACACUCGUGUGCAUGAGAAUGUCAUUUGCUUCAACAAAAAAUAAACACACAAUGCAAUGACACACACACACACAGACACGCACACACACAGACACACACACAUGCAACACACAUUAUGCCACUGUAUAUUAAUACCACGCACAAGUAAUAAAGAUAUAUAAAUAUAUAUUUAAAUUAUUUCAAGAUCAGAUGCCAAAAUGUGAAGUGUGCAAUGUUUUAUUCUCUCCAGUUUAAUUGUAUUGGAGCGUCAAUGAUGUGCUGCACUGGAUUUGCCGCUAUACUCUCUUUGUUGUUCAACUGAUGCUAGCUGUGCGUGUUUACUGAAGUCAACCAAACCAAAUUCCUUCUGGUAAUGCAUCUGCCUCUAUCCUUCAAAUAUUAGCUCUAGAUAAUAAAAACAGAGAGGCGGUUUCUUCGGCGUUUCCUUCUCAAACAUGCUUGUACUGUCCGUGAAAAGAAAUAUACGACUACAAAACAAACAAAAAAAGUAACUGUAGUUCAUUUGCAUGCCUUUAGGUUCUGCCUUAAAAUUCUCGUCAUUUUGCGUCCAGGGAUCCGAGACAAGAAAGCCUUAUCAAAGUUGAUACCGGUGAGGAAAGCAUUUUUUACCCCAAAGUGUGGGCAACCGCAUUAUUGUGGGAUGUCCUUUUGUGUUUGACCCCCCCCCCCCCCCCCCCCCCCCCCCCCGUGCAUGCGUCCUUGUAGGGUAGCUGGAGUAGAUGUCGCUAAGAACCUGACCUUGAGCAUCAAAACAAACCUUCAUUAGAAAAUUGCAUGCCAUUGAUUUGAGGAGACUUGAAGGGAGAAAUGAAUGACACGGCAGGUGUCAAACGGGCAAGUGCGAGUUCACCCCAAAACUUCCUCAAUCAAGGAUCAAUCAGUUAAUUGAUUCCAUUUUCAAUAUUAACAUUACGAGAUGGCCGAAACCAACAUUCAAUCCCGCAUCACUGUGUUCUUCCCUAUUUAAUAAUCUAUUAAUUGCUUAUUUUGCCCAUCAGUCGUUCCAAGCAUAAGUUUCAACUUCAUGAGCAUCAAGAGCUUGCUUGUUGCAUAUCACUACAAAUAACUGAGUAGAAGAGAAUUAGGUCUGCAUUUCCACUCCUACUUUUUCCCCCCCGAGUCAGAGUGCUAACAAGUGAGUUUCAUUGAAACAGUCAGAAAAGGUCAGCCCUUCAAGUAGAGCCGCGUUAAACAAUUUACCCGUCAAAAGUAAACCUUUUUGUACUUUUUUAAUACCCCUAUGCCGCUUUCAUUUUCUGAAUGCAAAGUAGCCCGUGUCGCAAAGGUCAGUGAAAGUGCGGGGUCUCGUAAGAGUCCCCAUCAUGACCUCUCAGUGAAUAAGUCCACCCUGCCCACUUCACCGCCCGCUUUAACUUCACACAGCCUAGUGUUUCAUCAGCAAAACGUGUCCCGCGCAGCAGUAUUUCUCAGCAGCAGUCUUCUUUUCACAAACUUUUUUGUUGUUGGGGUGGGAGAAUGUUUCUAACUCCAUGUCUGUUCAUCAAGAUGCCAAAUGUAAGCAAACGGGCAAGUGUGUGUACAAGGAUUCUUUUGUAGCAUGUAUUGUGUUCCUGACGACAUGGCUGCACUACACCCUGUGUUGUGAUUUAAUCUAAUAAAAGGAACUCGAUGGGCU